CAAUUUUGAGGCCCCACCAUCCACCCCUCCGCAACUUCCAAAGUCGCUGGUCCCGCACGCCAGGAGGGGUCCGGUGCGUUCCCUGGCGAGAGCGCUCCCGCCCCCAACCCUGCCCCCUCUGCCCCCACGCCCCGCCCCCAGCCCCGCCUGACACGACGGGGCCCGGACCCCGACAUCUUCCGGCACCCGACCCCACCCGGAGCGUCGAAUGACAAGCGUGCAUCCGAGGGCGGGGCUUGCCUCAGUCUCUCGUGAUUGGCUGCUGGAUGGAAUUGAGGUGAAUGGAACACAUGCCCAAGGAGCAAGAGCCUAACCCACUCGAGGGCGAAGAGAAACGGUGGCUCAAUGGCCCGAAGAGGAAAAGGAAGAACAGCCAAUGUUCGGUGAAGAGUAUGACGGGGUACAUCCCCAGCUACCUGGAGAAGGAUGAGCCGUGCGUGGUGUGUGGCGACAAGGCCACUGGCUACCACUACCGCUGCAUUACCUGUGAGGGUUGCAAGGGUUUUUUCCGCAGAACCAUCCAGAAGAAUUUGCACCCCGCCUACUCGUGCAAGUAUGAAGGCUGCUGCAUCAUCGACAAGAUCACGCGCAACCAGUGUCAGCUGUGUCGCUUCAAGAAGUGCAUCGCAGUGGGCAUGGCCAUGGACUUGGUGCUGGACGACUCCAAGAGGGUGGCCAAGAGGCGUCUGAUCGAGGAAAACCGGGAGCGGCGCAAGAAGGAGGAGCUGGUCAAGACGCUCCAGAACCGUCCGGAGCCCAGCGGAUCCGAGUGGGAGCUGAUCCACAUGGUGACCGAGGCCCACCGGCACACCAAUGCUCAGGGCGCCCAGUGGAAGCAGAAGCGCAAAUUCCUGCCCGACAAAAUCGGCCAGUCGCCGGUGGCGCCCACGUCGGACGGCGACAAGGUGGACCUGGAGGCCUUCAGCGAGUUCACCAAGAUCAUCACUCCCGCCAUCACGCGAGUGGUCGACUUUGCCAAAAAACUGCACAUGUUCUCCGAGCUGCCUUGCGAGGACCAAAUCAUCCUGCUGAAGGGCUGCUGCAUGGAGAUCAUGUCGCUGCGGGCGGCCAUGCGCUACGACCCCGAGAGCGAGACGCUGACGCUGAGCGGCGAGAUGGCGGUCAAGCGCGAGCAGCUCAAGAACGGCGGGCUGGGCGUAGUGUCGGACGCCAUCUUCGACCUGGGCAAGAGUCUGGCGCAGUUCAACCUGGACGACACGGAGGUGGCGCUGCUGCAGGCCGUCCUGCUCAUGAGCUCGGACCGCUCGGGCCUGACGUGCACGGACAAGAUCGAGAAGUGCCAGGAGACGUACCUGCUGGCGUUCGAGCACUACAUCAACUACCGCAAGCACAACAUUCCUCACUUCUGGCCCAAGCUGCUGAUGAAAGUGACGGACCUGCGCAUGAUCGGCGCCUGCCACGCCAGCCGCUUCCUGCACAUGAAGGUGGAGUGUCCCAACGAGCUCUUCCCGCCGCUCUUUUUGGAGGUCUUCGAGGACCAGGAGGUGUGACCCGACACCAACGAACGCUGGAAACAAACAAAAAACUGAACUGGACAAGGACUCACCAGCCGGACGUGGGAGAGGAGCAAAACAGGAAAUACCGUCGUGGCGGCCCUUCUGCCUGAGCAUGCUGUCUGAUUUUACGCCAACACACGCACAGAAACGGCAGCCAUAACUCCUCUCAGUGUUUCGCUAGCGGUUCUUCGUAGCGUCCCGGCAGGACGUGGAUUCCUCAAAAGUCAAUCUGAGCCGUUACAGUCCAUCCCAAGUGACACCGGUGCUAACCUUCUUCAGACUACUCCAUUUUUUUUUGUUGUUGUUGUUGUUGUGUUGACCAUGGCUCCAUAUCUACCUUUUUGUUUUGGCUUUUUUUUUUUAAGUCAUUGGACCGGCACCUGUGACACACAAACACACACAUGCAGCCUCACCUCAGAGUAACAUGAAUGCCUCAUUGGCUGCCUUACAUGGUGGCUAGUCGUUUAAUUUUUUAUUUUAUUUUUUUUGGGGGGGGUGGGAGGGUUGUUGUUUUCUUUUUCUUCUUCUUUUUGGGGUCCUAACCUUACCUUGGGGUCCUUUCCAGAGCCCUCCUACAGGCUUCCUUACACAUUUGCCCUUUGUUUUGGGUUUUUUUUUUUAUCCUCGCCCAAACCUUAUUAUGUUUUUUUUUUUUUUUUCAGAGUCUUUUAAAAACAAAACACACACAGACACAGACAUCAUUGAGUGCAGGCAAAACACGCCAAGAAAAUGGCAACCAUUUACCUCAAAAGUGGACACAUACCCCCACUGGUUCCGGGCACUACCUCACUUCUAUGUGCGCAUGCAUGCAGAUACACACCUCAGUGCAAAGAAGUACCACUGAAAAUGACAGGACGGCCCCGCCAUCUUUGCUCUACGAUGGAGACCUUGCAUCACAUUUGGAUUUGUUUUCCUUUUUUUUUUUUUUUAAAGAAGAUACGGGACCAAGAGUCUUUUUGACAUUUUAAAUCCACACGGAACACGCACACACAUCAACACACGCCUCAAAGAAGAGGUCUAAAAGGAGAGCUUGGACGCCACAAGGAGGGAACACGAAACAGUAGCGGCUCCAAACAGCCCAACUUGGAACUUGGACACUGGAAGACGAACAGGAGUGACCCCCCUCACUACCACCACCGGAACCCCCCCAUCCCAGCCUCACCCUCCCCAAUCUCCACUCAUCCAGGGUGUUGAGCUGUUUGUUUUGCACUACACAACUGGCGCAAGUUUAAAAAAAAAAAAUGCGGCCUCUGUGUGACCGAGGCGCCGGGCUCAGCCCAAGACUCGCAACUGUCAGUAUUAGCGACCACGUCCAUCCACCAGUCAGGGGCGAGGUGGGCCGGGGGCUGGAGCGCCACCUUUUUCCAAAGUAGGAAGUGGGAAGGGACCCUCCUUGUGAGACUCGGCAGAUGCCCUGGAGAUAUUGGGAUCCC